AUGUCAACACUACCCCCCAACCGUCAACAUCGUCAAGAGGACCUCAUGGGAGCAUCGCAAGUCAACAUGGCCGUCGCACAGCCAACAAAGGCGAAGGCCAAGUCGGCCCCCAAGGCUAGCGGUCCCAAGGCCAGCAACAAUGCCAAUCCGAAACAAAAAACACAGAUGCAUCGUCGCUCAAGAACAGGCUGCUACACCUGCAGACUCCGGAGGAAGAAGUGCGACGAGGGUUCGCCAAUGUGCACAGCAUGCAAGCACCUCGGUCUUGCUUGUGAAUACAAGCGCCCAAUGUGGUGGAGCAACAAUGAUGCCCGCAGAAAACACAAGGACGACAUCAAGAUGAUCAUCAAGAGGAAGAAGUUGUCCGAGAAGGCGCAGAACUCACAACAUUCCCAUGCCAUCCAAACCUCGAUGCCUUCGCCGCCAGGCCUGUCUCACUCUCUCCCAACAUCAGCCACCUUCUCUGAUCCUCUCGACCGGACACGAUCUCAGUCCAUCGACUCGCAAUACUCGUUCAAUUUCAACAGCCCACCUGCCGUCACUGAUGGCUUUCCCUACAAUGGACAGAUGCACCCGGAAUUUAUGUUGAAUGGUAUCUCACCAUACACGCCAUACGAGAUUGACGUCAAGACGGAGCGACAGAUGUUUGUGGACGAUGUUCCCACCCUGACCGAGUCAACAACCUCAACCUUCAGCACAUACACCACUCCGCCACCGCCCGGGACAUUACUGCCCUCGUCGUUCCCGCUCGAGGGCGGCGAAUGGACGGAGCAGACCUGCACAGAACGGCGAGAGUCGCUGACCGAGGAGACCCUGAACUGCAACUUCUUUGACUUUGCACACGGCCCCUCGAUGAACACAAGACAAGUUGCCAUCGAGCUGGACGAGGGUGACCAGAGGCUCCUGGACCAUUUCAUCCAGUUUGUGCUACCGACCAUCUUCCCCAUCCUCGAGACGAACCAACACGGUUCCGUUGGCUCCGAUCUCAUCCUGCCCGCACUGCAGAGCAACAAGGGCUACCUGCACUGCUGCCUGAGCAUAGCAGCACAGCAUUACAAGGCCAUGGUCAUGACGCAAGGCGGUGAGGUUGAUAAUGAUCUUAUGCAACAAGUAGAUGGCGAUAUCAUGCGCCACCGCUACUCGACCAUCUCAUCCCUGUGUGAUGCCCUCAACCGGGAUGAGGAUCACCAACAGAUUCUCGAGGCUGCCCUUGGGCUCAUCUUCUUCCAAUGCUGCGUCGGCCGCUUUGACGACGCCCUGCCUGAUAUCGCAUGGCACCAGCACUUCCAGGCUGCCAUCUCGCUGGUACAGAAGCUCAACCUUCCCAACCUCGUCGCCGACGAGCACCACCCGCUGAGCCAGACUCCCUUCAACAUGACCCUCACAUCAUGGAUUGAUAUCCUCGGUGCAUCGAUCAAGGGCCGUGCCCCAACCUUUGCACACACCUACCGUGAGAAGCAUCUGUCUCAGGUCAACCACUCCCUGGGUCUCCGUGAGCUCAUGGGGUGCGACGACCGUGUCAUGUACCUGAUCAGCGAGAUUGCCUGCCUCGAAGCUCUCAAGCGUGAUGGCAUGGACGACAUCUCGUUGUGCCAGCACGUGCACGUCCUGGGCGACCAGAUCGGAAUGACUGAAAUGGGCGAGACGGGACCCAAGAUCCCUUUCAAUGCCAACGGGUCUCUGAGCCCCAAGCAGCUGUCGAGGAACAUGACCCAGGCAUUCCGCCUCACGGCGCGCAUCUACCUGUGCAGCCUGGUGCCCGGUUUCUCGCCCACGCAGCCUUCGUGCAUCAACCUCGUCGAACGCCUCACCAACGUCCUGCAGCACAUCCCAUCGGGACCUGGUGGUUUCGACCGCUCUCUGGUCUGGGUGUACCUGCUCGGCGGCUCGAUGAGCGGGGUGGGGUCAAGCUUCCGCACCUUCUUCGAGGACCGCGUGUCGCAGCUGGGCGAACAGGCCGACUAUGGCUCCUUCGGCCGGGUCGCCUGCCUCCUCCGCGAGGUGUGGGCUCGCAACGACGAGCUCGUCUGCUCGCCCAGCAGCGCCACCAGUGCCGCGGCCGGCAUCAAGCAUGAGGAGUCCGCACAGCAGCAGGGACAGCCGCAGUAUAUCCCCUGGCGGGAUGUGAUGCAGAUGAAGGGCUGGGACUUCCUGCUCAUCUAGACGAUGACCCCACAGGAAUAACCCGACUCUGCAUCCGCCUGCACGUCCCUCUCUCUCUCUCACAAACACACUCCCUUUUCGCUGACUAACCCUUCAUUUCAACAACUUAUAACCUUUUUUUUUAUUAUUAUAAACCUAGAUGGCUGCCGCAAGGCAUCUCACGAGAUGAGGAAAUGAUACCUAACUGUUUUGGACGACACUGGACCUUUCGGAUGAAGAUUGACGACGAAAGCUCUUCUGCAGCUGGGCUGAAGAGCAGCGAGCGAUAUUGCGAGAAAUGAAGCAAUAAACAAAUGAACGAAACGAGCCAAACCAGACGGCAUUGAAAGAUCCUGUCAACAGAUUAGCUGUUUGUGUUCUGGUUUCUCAACAAACUUACACACACUCCCCUAUAUUUACAGCAUGCAUGGGCAGGAGUUCUUGUGCGCGUGUCGUGUCUGGGGGAUUUCUUUGGGGGUCAUUGGGACAAAGUGUGUGGGCUCAUACCAUAUUUUUCCUUUUUCUCCUUGGGCGAGAAGUGAGUGUUCAGGAGCAUUGCCUUGGUCUUUGAUUGUUUUUGCCUGCUCUUUUUCCCUUUCCCAUUUUCUUCCUCCUUAUUCGCAAGACGGAUCACACAGUUGGCUGGAAGGAGGAAAGGACUUUAUUAUAUACCCACGAAUUUCGUGCAGGGUUUUCUUUGAAGUAAAUAGCCGCCUCGAGUUUUCAACGUGGUGUCCACGGCGAUGGGACGACGUUCUUGAUAAUGGCGGCAUCGGUACGCCGAGGGGUGGGAAAAGACCCUAGUCAAAACAAUAAACAAAAAACAAUAUUAUUUUAAAAAAGUAAAUCUG